CGCGUUGAGCCAUGUUGUAGGAAAUCCGCUUGCGGCGGAUUAUUGUAAUCCGACGAAGGGUCUGAACGACACAUCGGAUCACGACUAAAAAACCAAAGCGCAGCGGCCUGUAAUAGAUGCACCUUGUCCGAGAAUAAAGGGAUAAAGUCGGGAUAUGAUCUGACGCACCGCGCGGUGCUGCUGGAGCCAGUGAUUGGCGCUGCCCGGGCCGCUUCCUGGACCAUCGAUUCAUCUGACACACAGUGACAGCGGCUUGGCAUCACUGCACCGCGGAGAACAGCGCAGACGAAAAGCUUGAAUUUGCUGGAUAAGGACACCUCCUCCCUCCCUGCUCCCUUCCCCCGUCAGGGUUCACUCCAGCUCAGCCUGGAAGCCGAGUCCGGUUGCCCUGUCUGCUGCUCCGAGCCACAGCACUAGCUAGCGCGGCUAGCUCACCCCUGCUAGCCUGCUAGCUAGUAAGGAAUUUGUCAAGUUUGGUUCGGAAUUCACCUCCUUCUCUGCUAUCAGCUCACAGGAAGGGAGGAUGUCGGCCAAAGAGCAAAACAAACUCUCAACCACUGAACGACCUAUCAAAGCCGUGCCAUAUCCUCCUGGUAUACGCCUGUCGGUCAAAGACCUUUACGCGGACGGGAGGCCCAGCCUGGAGCUGCUGAAGGCCCAUCUGGUGAAGGAGGGCCGGCUGGAAGAGGAGGCGGCGCUGCGGCUCAUCAACGAGGGAGCCAGCAUCCUGCGCCAGGAGAAAUGCAUGCUGGAAGUGGAAGCUCCCAUCACAGUGUGUGGAGACGUCCAUGGCCAGUUCUUUGAUUUGAUGAAGCUUUUUGAGGUGGGUGGGUCCCCCAGCAACACCCGUUACCUGUUCCUUGGAGACUACGUGGACCGAGGGUACUUCAGCAUCGAGUGUGUACUGUACUUAUGGGCUCUGAAGAUCAACUACCCCAACACCCUGUUCCUCCUCAGAGGCAACCACGAGUGCCGACAUCUCACAGAGUACUUCACCUUCAAGCAGGAGUGUAAAAUAAAGUACUCUGAACAAGUAUACGAUGCCUGUAUGGAAGCGUUUGACUGCCUGCCACUGGCUGCACUCCUCAACCAGCAGUUCCUCUGCGUGCACGGAGGGCUGAGCCCUGAAAUCACCUGCCUGGACGACAUACGGAAGCUGGACCGGUUUAAGGAGCCUCCGGCCUUCGGGCCCAUGUGUGACCUGCUGUGGUCAGACCCGGGAGAGGACUACGGCUCAGAAAAGACCCAGGAACACUUCUGCCACAACAGUGUCCGAGGCUGCUCUUAUUUCUACAGUUACCCGGCAGUAUGUGACUUCCUGAUGAACAAUAACCUGUUGUCUGUAAUACGAGCACAUGAAGCUCAGGAUGCGGGGUAUCGGAUGUAUAGAAAAAGUCAAACAACAGGCUUCCCAUCCUUAAUCACAAUCUUCUCUGCUCCCAACUACCUGGAUGUGUACAAUAAUAAAGCUGCGGUGCUGAAAUACGAGAACAAUGUGAUGAAUAUUCGGCAGUUUAACUGCUCUCCUCAUCCCUACUGGCUGCCCAACUUCAUGGAUGUCUUCACCUGGUCUCUGCCUUUUGUUGGAGAAAAGGUGACAGAGAUGCUGGUGAACGUGUUGAACAUCUGCUCUGACGACGAGCUGAUGUCUGAAGGAGACGACACCUGUGAGGGCGGAGCUCCCGCUGUCAGGAAGGAGGUGAUCCGAAAUAAGAUCCGGGCUAUUGGAAAAAUGGCUCGCGUCUUCUCUGUGCUCAGAGAGGAGAAUGAGAGUGUGCUGCAGCUGAAGGGGCUGACCCCAACAGGAACGCUGCCUCUGGGGGUUUUAUCCGGAGGUCGACAAACCCUUCAAAGCGCCACCGUAGAGGCAGAAGAGGCACGAGCCAUCCAAGGCUUCAACCCGCAGCACAAGAUCCAGAGCUUUGAGGAGGCCCGAGGUCUGGACCGGAUCAAUGAGCGGAUGCCCCCCCGCCGCGACAGCAAGCUGAACGAGGGUCCGCCCUCCCUCAACAACCUGCCAGCCAGCACUGGACCCCCGGACAAGAACGGCACCAAUGCUCAGGCUUAGUUCCUCCACCCUGCCUCCUCAUCUCCCUUCCUCCUCCCCCUCCCCUUCCUUCUUCCUUCUUUCUUCCUUCCCCUCCAUCUUUCUCUGAGAGCCGAGGAGAGGAGGCGGUUCAGUCCGAGCGCUUAUUUAUUUUAUCACCGAGUAAAUAUCAUGGUUUCAGACUGAAAAGAGACUCGGGCUGCUGGUACUCUACUCCACACCUGUGUGCCGGCCUUCUGUACUCUUCUUUUUGUUUUUUUCUUUGAUUGGGGAGGAAGUGAUGCUCAUUGAAACGCUGUGUUUGUGCCCACACACACACAAAUACAUCCAUCCUUUCUUAUGCCAACGAUAGUGUGACUGAGCUCUGUGGAGCGAGUAUUGACAUUUAUACUAUAUACAUACAUAUAUAUAUUUGUAUGUGUUUGUGUGUGUAUAUAUAUAUAUAUAUAUAUAAACACACACACACAUAUUUUAAUUGUUCCCUCUUUUCAAUGUGAUGUUUUUUUUUGUGUUUGUUUUUUUUUUUUUUACAACACAUAGACUUAAUUAUCCAGAGCAGGGAGAAGGAGGUGAGAUGAGUUAAAGGUUAUUCCGCUUCAUUACAACUGUGAGGGUAAGACCACCGGAGAGAUGCGGAGCUUCAGUUCAGACCGAAUGUGGAGGAAAAAGUCAGACUUCUGCUGGGUCGCUGCAAAAGGACGAAGUGAGAAACAGAUGCAGAGAAAAGGGCAGCAGAAAAAGACUUAAAAGCCAAUUCAGUACCAGAAAAUCUGUGAUAAGAAAGACGAAAACGCUGGUUUCAGUUCAGACUUUCAUCCGCUGACGGGAUUUAUUGCUGUUUUUUUUUAAAGGGUGUCACUCUGCAAAUGGUAAAAACCUUAAAUAAAAAGUAUUCAAUGAAAGUAACUGAGUGAAUUUGGAGUUUGAUGCAGUUUUUUCAACCUGAAGCAUAACUUUAGUGUCAAUGAUCGCUAGAAAGUGUAGAAAGAAAAUAUUAAUCUCUUAAAAAUAAGAUGUGUGUUAAAAUAAAAUCAAUAAAACUUGACAUUAAACAAUGUAUUUUUGAGUUCUCAGAUUUUUCUUAAACGUUACAGUUAAAUAUAAAAUCAAUCUUUAAAAAAUUAAACAUAUUGAAAAUAAUAAAAAAAAAACAUCUGAAGAUUUGAAUUUAAUUGCCUAACGAAUCUGAAUAAUUGAAUAUAAAAGUCUUAUAUUAUAAAAGUCUAAUUCUGUGACGUCAUUGGUCCUUGUCGCAUCGCCGCCGCAUGCAUCUGUGCUGAUGGCCGAGAGCUUCGUUAUUUCUGAUUAAAGUUUUAAUAAAGUGGAAUAAACCUUGAAAGUAUAAAUGUGAAGCGGAGUUGGGGGAGGUGUGGGUGUGCUUCAGGUGUGUUUCCUGUGUGAUGAGGACCGGGGUGGGGUUGAUCUUAUGUGUUGCUUGAUAAUUUUUUUUGUUUGUUUUUUUGGAAGGGGGGUUGGGUGGGUGGUGGCGAGUGCUGGGCCUCAUUUCUCAGAGCAUAUCUCACAGAAUGUACAGAACCACAUUUUCUUUACAGCUUCAUCUGAAACUUUUUGUGGAGUUCAUGUACUGCGAGGCCUCUCAUUUAUGUAGACGUUUCACUCCAUUCGAAUAAAAAACGGAAAAGU